AUGCAAUUGCCGGUUCUCGGCUGCACUUUCCUCACGCUGUCAGAUCGUGCGGAAAGUACUGCCGAGAACCGGCAGUUGUUAGAGCAGGAAGCGGCACCGAUCAUCAGGGCAACGAUGAUCAGUGCCCUGAUGAUCGGUGCCCAGCAGUGAAACCCACCAGUUCCGCCCACCUGUGCCCAGCAGUGCCAUCCAGAAGUGCCACCUACCUGUGCCCAGCAGUGCCAUCCAGAAGUGCCACCUACCUGUGCCCAGCAGUGCCACCCACCAGUGCAGCCCAGCAGUGCUGCCAGUCAGUGCCCAGCGGUUGCGCCAGUCAAUGCUCCCUAGCAGUGAUGCCAGUCAAUGCCACCUAUCAGUG